GACGAGUGUGAGUUUUACCUAAAGCACCGAUAGUUAUGCAUUUAACAGUCUGUCUUGAGCAACAAAAGGCCUGACAUAAGUUAUAGUGCAAUAUUUGUUCGGGGCGUGUCUUUAGACAGCGCACUCAGCAACUUUGUGCUGGAGAUUUUUGUGUAAAAUUUCAUAUACUGUUUGGACGAGAUGUCUUCUGUUCAAAGAAAAAUACCAUAUACAGCUAAAGCCCCUGUUAGACAGGGCAUAUACAGCCAGGCUGUUUUGGUGGACCGCACAAUGUACAUCUCAGGACAGCUUGGAAUGGAUGUAGCAUCAGGACAGUUGGUGGCGGGAGGAGUGCAGGCUCAGGCCAAACAGGCACUCAUUAACAUGGGGGAGAUUCUGAAAGCCGCUGGAUGUGGAUAUGAAAACGUUGUCAAGACCACAGUGUUGUUAGCAGACAUUAAUGACUUCAAUAACGUCAAUGAUGUUUACAAGCAGUUUUUCAGGAGCAAUUUCCCAGCUAGAGCUGCCUAUCAAGUAUCUGCGCUGCCCAGAGGAGGGCUUGUUGAGAUUGAGGCAGUCGCUGUGUUGGGACCCAUUACAGAUGCGUCCUGACUAUAUGACCCCAGCAUGCAUCACAAAUUGUAAAUAUAGUUAUAUGGAGACAAACCGCAUCCAAGAUUACAAAAUCAAUCAUACUUUUAACCUCCCAUUACAUUACAUGCUGGAAUACAAGGGAUCACCAAUAGAAAAAAGCAUUCCCUUCCAUGGGAAAUAUCUUCUGCUGCCUAUUUUGCUAAUAAAUUUUCUUAUUUCUUUGUGAAUUUACUGUUGAUCUUUCAUCAUUAUAUUCAGUAACCAUUCAAAACCCAGAUCAAAUUAAACUUUAUUUUUAAACUCCUACAUAUCUGUCAUCAUCACACCACAAAAACAUUUCCUCCAUUUGCAAAGUUCUGUUCAAUUUGUCGUGUUUGUUGCAGGAAAAUAUUAGCAUAAAUCAAAUAAAGGCCUAUUUUUCAAAAAAUUUUCCAUUGUCAUUGUAAAUGUAUAUAACAUAUAUGGAUUUUACUGGUUACUGUAACAGUUCAGUUGGUUAAAAUAUUGCAUAAUAUAAUUAUAUAAAUAAACUCACAUUUACUUUCACAA